AGAAAAGUUAAAAGUAUCAUUUAUUUUUAGAUUGGGUGUCAAAUUUGACUAGGACUUGUGAACUUAGGACACGGCACUGCAACUAAAUUUAGACCAACAAGACUAGAUACUGUUUUAAGAUUAAAGUUAGCCCAGGCUUAGCUCAGUUGAGGCUCUUAAAUGAGCCAUAAGCCGUAUCCGGAUGGAAGGAAUUAAAUUUAAUUGAAAUAUUCUAUAAAAAUAAAAAUAAAAGGAAAGAAAAAAAAAUGCCAAGUGUUAACAAAGAAUCAGAUGAUAGUCAAACUUGGGAGUUAGCCGAAAGAUGUUUAUUACCAAUCGCAUUUUCACAUGCCGUUGCAGUUAUUCUAGCAACAAUAUUAAAUAUUUUUGGUAUUUCGCAAACAUCUAGUUUUGCAUUGUUCUUACUUUUGUUGGUAAUAUCAGUGAGUUCAACAUUAUUUUAUCAUAAUUUAAAGGUUACUACGGCAGGAAAGGCUGUUCUUGUAACUGGAUGCGAUUCAAGAGUUGGAUAUACUUUGGCUAAACAAUUGGAUGACUUGGGUUUCACAGUUUUUGCUGGAUUUAGUAAUAAAGAUGAAGCAGAAGAAACAAUGAAAAAAUUAAAACAAGAAGCAUCAGGAAGAUUACAUGUAUUGCAACUCGAUAUUACUAGUGAACAUGAUAUACAUUCGACCUUUCUGUAUGUGAAUGAAAAUUUACCGGAUGAAGCACCAGGAUUAUGGGCAUUGGUACAUGCAGCAGCAUGGGUAACAUUAGGUGAAUGUGAAUGGGUACCUCCCUCAGUCUUAAAACGAAGUAUAGAUAUUAACUUUAUUGGUCUUGCCCGAUUGACACAGGUAUUUUUACCAUUGGUCAGAAGAUCAAGAGGACGUGUUGUAAUAGUGAGUAGCCUCUUAGCUCGUAUACCAAGUCCCGUGAGAGGCAUUUAUUGUGCAGUUAAGGCUGCUAUCGAGGCAUGGGGUUCUUGUCUUCGAUUAGAAAUGCGAAGAUGGGGAGUUGAUGUAGUGAUUGUAGAAACUGGAGAAUACGUGUCUGGUAAUGCUUGGUUAAAAGACAAUAAUUCGUUAUUAGAACAAGCUCGAGAUAUGUGGAUGCAACUUGAUCCUCAAACACGUAAAGAAUAUGGGGAAGAAUUAUUCCAAAAGGAAAUGUUAGCACUUGAAAAAUAUACGCAAGGACCCGAAGCGGAUUUAACGUCAGUUAGCAGAGCUUUGACAGACAGCAUAAUGAAAACAUUUCCAAUGCAAAGGUAUGCUCCAGUAUCACGUCAAGAACGAAUGCACGCCUUAUGCAGUGAUUAUCUUCCAAAACCAAUUUACAAUAUUUUGUACAACAAUUAAUACCAGGGGUCCUUGUCACGUUGUGUUAACCUAUGAAGUUAUUUCACAAAAUUAUAUCCAAAUGCUUUUUCUAUACAUUCUAUGUUACAUUAAUGAGCUUUGUUAGCAAGAGAUGUUGUCAUAUGAUUAUCUUAAACUUAGAACACUGCCUAAUUAGAUGAAAGAACAAUGUUAAGAUAUCCAUGUUUUGUAUUUAUUGUGAUUAAUGGUCUCGGUGAGAAAUUAUAUGUAACGGGUUGAUUUUGAUGGUUUGUAUCAAAGCAAGAAAAAUUAUAAAUGUAAUCCAAUAAAGUAUAUCAAAA